CUGCUCCACAAGCCAAGUUCUUAAACCAUAAACCCCACAUAAUACAAGAACUAGGGUUUAUCAAUUCAUCACAACCUUAAACCCAGCCAUUUGAUUUUGAUUAUCCAAACCCUGUUUAAUGGCAGUUGCAAUCACUAAACUUUCUAUGUUAACAAGACCCACUUCUCCAAUUCGUCCCUUCGUUUACUCAAAUCCGAAUCUUCUUCGUCUCAUUUCUCUGCCCCCUUCAAUUCGCUGGAAUUCUGCCGCACCAACUGAAACUGUUGUUGAUGAAUCACAAUUUAUCAUCAAACCCUCAAUUUCAAAUAACCCAGGAAGUGGUACAAAUGUUCGAGAAUGGAAGAAAAUGAGUUCCAAAGAACUUGGAAUUUGUACAUCAAUGAUUUCUGAGCCUGCCAAGGUGGCCCUGAAGAAGCUGAAGAAAAAUGGAUAUGAGGUGUAUCUAGUUGGAGGCUGUGUUCGAGAUCUUAUACUGAAGCGUGUCCCCAAGGAUUUUGAUAUAUUGACCUCAGCAGAGUUAAUAGAGGUUAAAGGAACAUUUCCACAGUGUGAAAUUGUUGGGAAAAGAUUUCCCAUCUGCCAUGUCCAUAUCAGUGACCAUGUUAUAGAGGUCUCAAGUUUUAGCACUGGCCAGCAGAAGUACAACAGAAACUUCAGUUUUCCUUUAAGAGGAUCUAUUGACUGUGAUGAAAAGGACAAAGUUCGAUGGAGAAACUGUAUGGAGCGGGACUUUACAGUUAACGGGUUGAUGUUUGAUCCUUUUGCAAGAUUAGUUUUUGAUUAUCUUGGGGGACUGGAAGAUAUUAGAAAAGCUAAAUUGCAGACUACAAUCCCUGCUAGCAUUUCAUUUCACCAGGACUGUGCUCGCAUCCUGCGUGCAAUUAGAAUUGCAGCCCGGACAGGAUUUUCUUUAGCCAGGGAAACUGCUCAGUCUGUUAGAAAUUUAUCUUUUUUAAUAUUAAGGCUGCAUAAGGGUAGAAUACUUAUGGAGAUGAAUUAUAUGCUUGCUUAUGGUUCUGCUGAAGCCUCUUUAAGACUGUUGUGGAGGUUUGGACUGCUGGAACUACUUCUCCCUCUUCAGGCAGCAUACUUUGUUCGCUGUGGCUUUUCGAGACGAGACAACGGAUCAAACAUGCUUCUGACUUUGUUUGCAAACCUGGACAAACUUUUGGCACCAGAUAGGCCAUGCCACAAUAGUUUAUGGUUCACAAUCUUGGCAUUUCAUAAGGCUCUAUCAGACCGAGCUAGGGAUCCUUCAGUUAUUGCUGCCUUUGUACUGGCUGUUAAUAAUGGCGGGGAUAUUGCAGAAGCAGUUAAAAUUGCAAGGGUUAUUUCUCAGCCUAAUGAAGAGAACUUUCCAGAAUUGCUGAAACUUGAUAAUUUGGACGAAAUGGAAUUGAGGGAUGAGGUUCUGUGUUUCGCGGGAUCAGUUAAUCAUGCCCUUUCAGAGAUGACAGAUGAGAAUGCUGUGUCAAAGGCAAUGGCUAAAUAUCCUCAGGCGCCUUACUCAGAUUUGGUGUUUAUCCUUCCAGGGUUGUAUUUCAGAGCUCAAAUGAUUUUAGGAUGUGUAGGAAAAGGUAAAGAGAAGGGAUAUUUGUCCAAGCCGGGCGGUAAGAUAGAUUAUAAGAUGUUAGCUGAAGGAGGAUUGCAGGAAGUCAGACAUAUUUUUGCUAGGGUGGUUUUUGAUACUGUCUACCCCUUUACCUAGUUGAUGAUAUAACUAUUACAUAAAUACUAAUUAAUUGAUUCACUCAGAAGAAAGAAGAGUAAAUUAAAAAAAAAAGUACAUCUACAGAGAAAUUUCAAAUAGUAAUACUUAUAUGUUCUCAUGUAAGUAGUUUUGACAGGGAUUUUAGUUAGGAGAAGCACUUUUCAUUGAAUAGAAUGGCAUGUUUGGUA